GGAGGGGUUGGAGGCGCGGGCUCUCCCGUCGGGCGCGGCAGUCCCCAGGGCAGAAGGGCCGAGUCCUUGUCAGUCUGCGAGCCGUUCACGUCUUCGUCGGUGUAAUCUUAAUUCUUUUAGGAUAUGCAGUAACCCUGCUGAGGCGUCUUUUCCCCUCUUCUAGAGUUAAGUUUCUUCUCCCAUGUUAUUAUGCGGGCUAGGAGAUGCAGGGAGUUUGGAGAUAUAUUGGGAAUGUGAUGCCAUGUACAAUGUUCAUGUUUUUAAAAACAGAGCUCAUCCCUUUAAAAUAGGAUUCAGCAACCUUAGUUUAGAUUGUCAUGGUUAUACUUUGUUUUUUUACUUUAGAGCAAGCCUUCCUCUUAUUCCCUGAUUGGAAUGGAGAUUUCUUCCCACCAGUUUCACCUCCUAGAGCAGCUAAACGAACAACGGAAGCAAGACUUGUUCUGUGACUGCAAUAUCCUGGUCGAGGGCAAGGUCUUUAAGGCACAUCGCAAUGUGCUGUUUGCCAGCAGCGGCUAUUUCAAAAUGCUCCUUUCACAGAGCUCGAAGGAGGCGAGUCAGCCGACAAUAGCUACUUUUGAGGUCUUCUCCCCAGAGACAUUUAUGGUUAUCCUGGACUUCGUGUAUUCAGGCAUACUGUCUUUAACCGGUCAGAAUGUCAUCGAAGUCAUGUCAGCUGCUAGCUAUCUGCAGAUGACAGAUAUUCUUAAUGUCUGUAAGACAUUCAUCAAGUCCUCACUCGAUAUUAACGAAAAGGAAAAGGAUCACUACCUCAGCCUUUCGGCCAAAAGUACAAGCAGUGAACCUGCCCAUCCAUCUCUUUAUCGGUCAAGAAGGAAAGCAAAGAGCAACCCCAGGCGUUCCUAUUCAAUCCCAGAUGAAAAGGCUAAUACGGUAAAUGAAAAUUCCUGGAGUAGCUACAGCAGCUACCUGUCCUCACAGGUGAUUCUUCAGCGGGCAGAAACACAGCUAUCGAAAAGAGGCAGAAAACAGGGCUCAACGAGAAAGCGCCGAAAGCAUCUCGGACUGUCACAGACCCGUGAUUUUGUGCAGUAUAAAUUGAACAAAGCUGAGCGGGCCAGCGGAGGUUGCAGCGCGUCAGAUUCCAGCCACAUCUCUCGGGUUAGAGAGGAGGUCGAAUUUGAUGCCGAGAAUGACGUUGAUCAUGAUGAUUAUGGAUAUAAUCACGAAUCGGAAGUGAUACCAAAGAAGUGGUCUGUUGCUCAGCUAGAACAAGAACUUUCAAGAACUCCUGAGUUCAUGGAAUUAAAGGCAGAGGAACUGUACACCUCAAUGCCCACAAUUUUAGGUGUAAUGAGUAGUUGGAACGAAGAUGACCUACCUCGGAUGCGAUUCAAAUGCCCCUUCUGUACGCACACAGUGAAACGACGCGCAGACCUGAAGCGACAUCUUCGGUGUCACACAGGGGAGCGACCGUACCCGUGCGAAGCAUGUGGGAAAAGGUUCACCCGACUAGAGCAUCUACGUAACCACUUCCAAACGAUACAUCAAGCUGGCAAACUGAUCUGCAGAAAAUGCAAGCGUCACGUAACUGAACUAACAGGAUGUGUUGUUCAGCAAGGAACAAGACGCUACAGACUGUGCCCUAAGUGUCUAGCAGAAGCUAAUUUUGACAGCAUCCCUGACGAUUUAGAUGCAGAACAUUCUCCUGUCUCCUCCACAGGAAACAAACGUUCCAAAUGGGCUUUGGAGGAGGAACAGAAAUCAGAUGAAGAGACAAUGGAGGAGGAACCAUAUAAUUUGGUUGUCCGACACGUUAAUGAUGAUAUUCCAGAUGAGGCAGAUGAAAAGGUGAAACCAAAUCUUAGGUAG